AUGCAGAAGCCCCAAUCCCUGGCGCAGCGACGCCUGGCGCGCACUGCACGGCAUGUCCAGGCACCGCCGGUCGGGCCAGCAGCCGAAAAUCCCGGCAGCGAAAAGGCGCCGACUGCUCCGCCUCUGCCGUCGAAAGAAGGAAGUGGCAGCUCAGGCUCCGUGCGGAAGCCUGCAGAGGAGGAGCCCGGCGAGCCAGCGGUGAUCGCCAUGCUUGAAAAUCCAGCAGAGGAUGCUUUGCCCCGCGCAGCGGUGGUGGAGAUCUUCGCACGACACGACCUCAAAGUCGUGUGGGCCAAUGAGGAUCAUGCCUGGCACGACUGCGAGAAUGCCACGGUUCUUGUCACGGUGAAAAGGCGUGUGGACGAGUCGAUGCUCGCGACUUUGCCGAAGCUCCGACUGGUGGCCGUAGCUUUCACAGGCUAUGACCAUGUGGAUCUGGAGGCGUGCAGGCAGCGGGGUGUAAAUGUGGCCAACGUACCAGGCUACUCCACAGAUGGCGCUGCAGAGCUCUGCUUUGGCUUGAUUUUUGCAUUGCUGCGGCACAUUCCAAUGGCCCACCAGCAUGUGCGCUCAGGGAAGUGGUCCUGGCCCCCGGGAAACGAGCUCAGCGGACGACGCCUGGGGAUUGUUGGUACAGGCCAGAUUGGCCUGCGAGUGGCCGAGAUCGGCAAGGCUUUUCGUGUCUCCAACGUCAUUGGCUAUGAUCCCAUCAGGAACGACAAAUUCUCCGCAAUAGGCGGGGAAUACGUUCAGUCCCUGGCGACGAUCUUCCUCCACUCUGAUAUCAUCGUGAUCGCCUGUGCGCUCACGGCGGCCUCCAAGGGGAUGGUCAAUCGAAGGAUGCUGAAGCUGCUGCGCCCCGAUUCCAUCUUGAUCAACUGUGCCAGAGGUGCCAUCAUUGACCAGAAGGCGUUGACAGAAAUGCUGAAGGAAGGCCGCUUCAGAGCUGGCCUCGACGUCUACGAGGGCCUCGAGGGGGAAGAGCUACCGCCGAACCACCCUUUGCGUUCCGUGCCCGAGAGC